AUCGCUAUACACUUUUCUCAGCACUACUCCCCAUCCCGGGGCUGGACUCUGCCAACGGAGCGAAGCAUCCGGAUUCACGAAACUAAAAGCCUGAUCGUUCGACUGAGCUCUGGGAAGCGAACGAUCAGCGCUCUGACGGUGCAGGGGGUGGGGGUUUGGACAGAGAGAGAGAUGGACCUCCUCUGGAACAGUCCCUGUGAACCAGCUGCCGCCUCUCUCCGAAGGAUUUCGUGCAGAUUGGUCGGCUCCUGUUCUGCGCUCUGAGAGAGGCGAAGGUUUCCCCUCCUGUCCCUACAGAGUGGGCAGUGACGGCGACACUGUCCCGAGGAGCUAUUCUGGCCACAGGUCGCAGCUGCGGGCACCGGGACCCCCUCUCCCUCCUCGCCGCUACCUGGCGGCACCUUCCCGGAGUGAGAAGCGAGGCGCCGCCUUCCCUCCAGGCGGGGCAAACGGAGGGCUGCUUCACUAUGACUUCCCCGUCCUCCCACGGGCAGCUGCCGCGGACACUCCUGCUCCCGUUCACGUCACCCUUCGCUACCGAAAGGGGAGCUCGUCGGUUCGUCCGCGUUGGUGGAAAAGCGUCGGUCAGGUCUUGAGGGAGUGCGAGGAGAAUGAAGAGGAAGUUUCCCAGAUGGAAGGAUGAACUGGCGGCUUGUUGAUCUCGUCUCUUUGCUCUUCCUAUGGGACCGGCUGGCUCUUACUCUCCAUUGCUGGGCGUUCUUGGUUAUCUCCUCCCAUCACCCGCACCAACAUGUCACCAGCCCUCUCGACUGGCUCCUCUCGGACAAGGGGCCCUUCCAUCGGGCCCGGGAUUAUUCCAAUUUCCUGGAUAGAUACCGCCAGGGAUUUACUACCAGAUACAAGAUCUACAGAGAGUUUGGUCGAUGGAAGGUGAAUAAUUUAGCUGUGGAAAGAAGAGACUUUUUGGGCUCGGACUUGCCUUUAGCCCCAGAGUUUAUCAGAAAUAUCCGCUUGUUAGGACGGAGACCAAGUCCGCAACAGAUAAUCGAUAACUUGAUCAAGAAGUAUGGCACGCACUUCUUACUAUCUGGAACACUUGGAGGGGAAGAAUCACUGACAAUAUUUGUGGACAAACAGAAGUUAAAUAAGAACUCUGAUCUCAAUAACAAUUCUGCUAUCAAUUUGGAUACUCUGCAUCAGUUGGCUGCCUCCUAUUUCAUUGACCGGGAGACGACAUUACGGAAGUUACAUGAAAUCCAGAUUGCAUCAUCAGCAAUAAAGGUAACCGAAACCAGAACAGGACCUCUUGGAUGCAGUAACUACGACAACCUGGACUCUGUUAGUUCAGUUCUGGUGCAAAGUCCCGAGAACAAAAUCCACUUACAAGGCCUACAAGCGAUAUUGCCAGAACACCUACGGGAACGGUUUGUUCAGGCAGCUCUGAGCUACAUUGCUUGUAACUCUGAGGGCAGCUUCAUCUGCAAGGACCAUGACUGCUGGUGUCAAUGCACAGCCAAAUAUCCAGAAUGCAAUUGCCCUUAUCUGGACAUCCAAGCCAUGGAGGACAACCUGCUGUGGAUAACAGACACUUGGACCAACCACAACAAUGAAUUUGAAGUGUCAGAUGAAUUCAAGAUUUUUCUGAAAAAACUGCCAACCGAGUAUUUCCUGAACACCUCCACCAUUCUUCAGCUAUGGACCAUGGACUUUAGUCUCCAACACCGCUAUGAGCAACUGGAAGCCGGUCUGAAGGUGCUCUUCACUAAGGCACAGAAGACAGUCCGAAAGCUCUUCAGCCUAAGUAAGCGCUGCCAGAAACAACCGAAAUUCGUCCUCCCCAGAGAAAGGGCCAAGACCUUCUGGCUUAACCGGGUCCAGUCGUUCCUCUACUGCACCGACAAUGGCCUGGCUGGGAUAUUCUCAGAGGAGACUCGGAGCUGCACCUGCCCCUAUGACCAGCUGAGCUGCCAGAAGGCCAUCCCAUGCGCGGUGGGAGAGGGGAUGUCGUGCGUGGUGUGCGCCGCUGACAACCGGACUCGCUGCGGCGGCUGCAACGAGGGCUACAUGCUGUCCCACGGAGCCUGCCGGCCAGAGGUAGCUGACCCCACCGAGCAAUACAUCGGCUUCGAGACCGAGCAGGACCUGCGGGACAUGGAGAUCAAGUACCUGCUGCAGAAACGCGACAGCAAGAUCAUUGUGCCGGCCAUCUUCAUCAGCAACGACAUGCGCCUCAAUAGUUGGUUCGAUCCCUCAUGGAGGAAGCGCAUGCUGCUCACGUUGAAGAGCAACAAGUACAAGACCAACUUUGUCCAUAUGAUCUUGGGCAUGACCAUCCAAAUCUGUUUGACUAAGAAUAGCACCUUGGAGCCAGUGCUGGCCAUCUAUGUGAAUCCAUUUGGAGGUAGCCACUCCGAGAGCUGGUUCAUGCCCGUAAAUGAAGACAGCUUCCCAGACUGGGAGAGGACUAAGGUGGAGGUGCCUCUUCAGUGUUACAACUGGACUCUGAUGCUGGGCAACAAGUGGAAGACCUUCUUCGAGACGGUCCACAUCUACCUGAGGAGCCGCAUCAAGUCCAGCGGCAAUGAGAGCCUGUACUAUGAGCCGUUGGAAUUCAUCGACCCCUCCAGGAACCUGGGCUACAUGAAGAUCAGCCACGCCCAGGUGUUUGGAUACAGCAUGCACUUCGACCCUGAUGCCAUCCGUGAUCUCAUCCUGCAGUUGGACUACCCGUACACCCAGGGCUCCCAGGACUCUGCCCUGCUGCAGCUGCUGGAGAUACGAGACCGAGUCAACCGCCUCUCCCCGUACGGCCACCAGCGCCUCGACCUCUUCACCUGCCUCCUCCGCCAUCGUCUCAAGCUGACCACCAGCGAGGUGGUCAGAAUCCAAGCAUCCCUCCAGUCUUUCAACGCCAAACUCAUGAACUCCAUGGAAAACGAAACCACCAAAUUAUGCAGUUAACUACCCACC